AUGGCCUCUGCUCCCACAAAUGAAAUGACCCCUGCCGAAGCAGAGUCAGUCUACUUCAACAAUUAUCCUCCGCCAAAAGCUCUUCCAAAACACGAAGCCCUCGCUCGAGCUUUCAUCAACUACCAUGUCGAGGACAACAGGCGUCUCGUUCUCGUCACGUCGGGAGGUACAACGGUCCCUCUGGAGAACCAAACCGUUCGCUUCAUCGACAACUUCUCCGCCGGAACAAGAGGUGCCACGAGUGCCGAGUACUUCCUCGAAGCGGGAUACGCCGUGAUUUUCCUGCAUCGUCAAUUUAGUUUACUGCCCUAUUCUCGUCAUUACAGCCACUCGACCAAUUGCUUCUUAGACUUCAUGGACGAAGCGCCUCCGGCCAGUAACGCUGAAUCUGAUCACGGGCGCAUCGUGGUCCACAGUGAAUACCAGGACCAGAUGCGAGAUGUGUUGAGGAAAUAUCGUUAUGCGAAGAAACAUAACCGCUUGCUCCUGCUCCCAUUCACCACCGUAUCUGAAUAUCUGUUUGAAUUGCGCUCGUUGGCCACAUUGAUGCAACCCCUGGGGCCCAAUGCCCUCUUCUACCUCGCCGCGGCGGUUAGCGACUUCUUUAUCCCGAGCGAUCGGAUGUCAGAACAUAAGAUCCAGUCCUCUGAGUUGCCUCAGAACUUGAACAACGAGGAAGCCAUUGACCCGUCGGACAUUUACACGGGUGGAAUCCCCCAGGAGACCAAGCCACCCACCCACAGCAAGAAGCUGAUCAUCGACUUGGACCCUGUGCCAAAAUUCUUGCAUCAGCUGGUGGACGGGUGGGCACCCGACGGAAGUAUGGUAGUCUCAUUCAAGCUCGAGACUGAUCCCAAUUUGCUUGUGUACAAAGCACGGACGGCACUCCAGCGGUAUGCGCAUCAUCUGGUGAUAGGCAACCUGCUAUCGACGCGGAAGUGGGAGGUGGUGUUUGUCACCCCUGAAGCCCCUUAUGAGCGCUGGAUUCGAGUACCGAAGUCUAAGCGUAGCAAGAGUAUUUCUGGAGCAGAAGAGCAGGUGGGACUGGCCGAGGCAAAGACAGCGGGGGGCUCAGCGGCCCCAAAGAACGGGGAAACCGGUGGGGACUAUGAACAGGGGCAAGACAGCAGCCACGAGGGCAUGGAGAUUGAAGCGUUGAUCAUCCCUGAGCUGGUCAAGCUGCACUCGAACAUGAUCGCGAAACAUGGUGCCCAGGCUUAG